AUGCCCGUCAUGGUAGAGGACAUCAUGAAGCUGCUAUGCACCCUCUCCGAGGACAGGAAGAUGAAGGCGGCCGUCAAGCACUCAGGGAGGGGCGCCCUGGUCACGGGCACCGUGGCCUUCGUCGGUGGCUUGGUGGGCGGCCCGCCAGGACUAGCCGUGGGGGGUGCCGUCGGGGGCCUGCUGGGCGCCUGGAUGACGAGUGGACAGUUUAAGCCGAUCCCGCAGAUCCUGCUGGAGCUGCCCCCGGCCGAGCAGCAGAAGCUGUUUAACGAGGCCAGCGCCAUCAUCCGGCACCUGGACUGGGCCGACGCCGUGCAGCUGACCACGCUGGUCAUGGGCAGCGAGGCCCUGCAGCAGCAGCUGCUGGCGAUGCUCGUGGGCUACAUCACCAAGGAGCUACGGGCGGAGAUUCGGUACGAGGACUAGGCCGCCCCUGCCAGCGACUCUGGCUGUGCCUUGAGAUAACCCUGGGGCUUGUGGGGUUCCACAGGGUGCUGGGGGAGCCUCCACCCGGAGUGGGGUCUCCUGCUGGAGAGGCUACCGCUGUACUGUGACGUGUUCUAGAAAUUACUUACCAGCGUGCCCUGGCGGCCCUUUGACCCGGAAGCCGUUGGGAAGCAAGGGCGCGUCCAUCUCAGGCCUCAGAGGCAGUUUUCUGCGUUCCCUGUCAGGUGCUUGGGCGUCUGGAGGAAGUCCCCGUGCUCCCAGUACGCUUCCUUCGCCCUCCCUUCUUCCAAGCACCUGUGCAGGAACCGGCCCCUCCGGCCAGGGUCUCAGGACCCCGAGCGACCUGUGCCAGAAUCGUGUUUACCUCCCGGGCGUGCUGCGCCCUGCCCACUGACUCCCGAGCGGCUUCCCAGAGGAGGGGGCCAGCUGUUGAGCCAAGCUGCAAGCAUGAGGCGCGGUGGGCCCUGCUCCCGCUCGCUACACACCCAGCUCUCCCCCCUGAGAAACCCUGGUCACGCUUGAGUUCGCGUUUCAGAUGAAACCGUUUCCUUAGGAGGCGCUGCUCUUUCUGAAGCGGUGGGUUCAGAAGCCGUCUCUAAGAAAUGUCCGUAGCCCGAGGACUGCCCUGACCCGUGCUCCAGUGACAAUAAAUUCUCCUCUGAA